UUUUUUGAAAUUGGGUAGGACAUGCAUUUGAGCAUUUCGCGUGAGCUAACAAUUUGUCAGCAACUAUUACAUUGAUGUGCGCCAGGAGCGAGCGCAUAACUUGCUCACAUUCAUACUCGCAAGCAGCUAUUCAUGAGCCACUAUAUUAUUAUUUAUAGUCUCUAGGGACAUAAUCGCAUUGGAACCAACGCGGCGUAAUCAUGGCGAGUAGAAAGCCUUUUUGACCUGUAAAGCAUCCGUUUCCAGGAUGAGGUUGUCAAUGCCCCCCCGCCUGCUGACCUCGUGGAUCUCGACAUCUCAGGAUGCCCAUGAUCAAACUACGAACACGAGCUUUGGCCUAAAAGGCAAGAACAUCUCUGAGCGUGAGUGGUCGCCGGCGAAGUGCGCGAAGCCGGAGAGAGACCUCGUCGGCUCCUGGUAUAGGGCGGCGGCGGAGGUAGCCCAGGCCAGCCGUAGACAGGGAAGCCCACGCACGCGAGGGAGAGUAGGUGGUGGUGGGCCGCUGAGCCGGACUGGACGGGAUUGGGCUGCCAGGCCAAAGCUAACGACGCUCGCUCCCCGCUCUUGGUGCGUCAUGGUCGUUUUCGUCAGUGCGGGGUGCGGGGUGCCUCGCCGUCACAUGACUCGCGGGGACGGGUGGUGGGAGUUCGGGUUACCCGAAAAUUUCGGGUCGGGUAAUUCGGGUAUUUAAAAUUUCGAGUUUUAAGAAUUGAUAUCUGAAAUUACAACGGGUUUUACAAUACCCAAAAA